AUGCCUUCCGACGUCAAGCAGUCAGAUAUCACGGAGAAGAACGACCCCAGUGUCGCAAGACAGUGGGACAACAAUGUCGACUUUGAGACCAAGUUUCAGGAAUUCUACAAGAUCGUUGAUGGAUUGAAGAUUGGUCUGCUGGGCACUUAUCGUCCUGGCAUUGGCCCCGUCACCCGCUCCAUGGCCCUAGCCAAACGCACCGGCCCGGACUUCCUCUUCCUCGCCAACGCGCACUCCCAAAAAUUCAAGGAUAUCGAAGCCAACAAGGAAGUCAAUGUUUCCUUCCAGGACACCAAGUCGCAAGAUUGGAUCUCCGUGUCUGGCACGGCCACCACUGCUUCCAACUCCGAUCCUAGGAUCAAGGAAGUUUGGAGCAGAGGCGCUGCCGCAUGGUUCGGUGAUGUCGGAGACGGCGUACACGACGGCAGUGCAGAGGACCCGAGAAUGAGUUUGAUCGAAGUAAAGGCCAAGUACAUCUCGUACUACAAGACCAAUGUUGGAGCUCUCGGAUACCUCAAGGAGGUGGUCGCCGCUAACGUUACCGGUGGUGUUGCAAACACUGGUAGUCUUAGAGAGAUGAAGGAGGAUGAGAUUACAAAGGCUAGAAGCCAGCAUUCUAGCAUGAGCUCGUAA